AUGCUUUUGAUCUAUGCUUACAAGUCAUUAUCUGCGGACUUCGAGAAUUGCAAAGAGUACUGUGAUAGAUUUUAUAGUAACUCAAUAACCUAUCAUAACUUUACUAUUCCAAAAGAUGAAUUGAUUUGCAUCAAAGGCAAUUACAUAUUUAGCUCGGAUAAAAAGUUUAAAGCGCGUACUCAGCUUUUUGAUAUAAUGGCAUCUAAAGCAACAACAACGCAAUGGAUUGAGGAUCCUAUUGCUGUUACUGGUGGCGUAAAUAUUAAUAUAGGUGUUGGUCAUUCGCGAGAAGCAUCUACAGAAAUUGUUUGCUUAGAAGAUCUUUGUAAUUUCACUGCAAUUCAUUUUCCUUACACACCAACCAUAAUGAAAGCUGCAAAACUCGAGCGCUACGAUCAUGUAACAAUAUCUUCAAAAACAAAGGGAGAAAUGAAACUUUAUAAUUAUAACUCGCUCAAAAAUAAAUCAAAUACCUUCACAGGAAGAAGAAUUGUACAUUAUGGUAUCAUUGUCCAGGAUGGAAAACCUGAAAUCAGAAUGAAACCUGAUUCAGAGCUUGAUCCGUGGACUAUCAGUACUUCUUUUAAUCACCUUUCAUUCGUUGCUCAUGAUUUUGGAUGGGAUAGCAAUAAAUGGGUUGAUGUUGAAAUUUAUCAAAAUCAAUCUGUUACAUCAUCGAGAAGGCUCUAUUUGCAAGAUUAUCAAUUAACGCUUAAUCCUGAAGGUGGUUUAUACAAAGCAAAUACUCAAAGUUAUGAAUUUGAGACAUUUACAGGUCCAUUGCAUCCACUUUACAUUGUUCUUAUUGUUGCCAUUAUUAUUACCAUCUUGAGUGUCAUCGGUUGCGUCCUCUGCUGCGUUUGCUGCACAUGCUGCUGCUGCCAUGGUUGCUGCGCAAAUUGCAUGCCAUGCUGCGUAUUAUCGAAGUCUAAGGAAGAUGCAGAACCACAAGUUUAA